ACAAGCCUCCCCGCGCUCGUUGGACUAGCAGGAGAAGAUGCUCGACAGAAAUGGCGGUGACGGCUAGUCACGCGGCAUGAGGUGCUGAGACACUACGUGGAUCCGAACCUGCAACUGCUAGGACAACGCUGGGGUAAAAAAAUGACAAUGGUGUCGAAGUAGGACAACCUCCACGCUACAACAUCUCCCCGGGGGACUGUUCAUCUUGUCGCGGAGGAGGAAGGAGAAUCUCACCGGGAGCAUGGCUUCUCACAGCAACCAGUAUAUCUUUGGCGAAUUCAGCCCCGAUGAGAUCAAUCAGUUCUUUGUGACUCCACGAUGUUAUGUCGAGCUUCCUCCAUUCAACGACAAAGUGCCGUGCCUCAGUCAGUCUUCUGGAGGUUACUGCACUCCUGCUGUACCAUAUAUUAUGGAGUCAAUGGGACUGCAGGGUUGUGGAGAAGACUAUCAGCGCAUUAAGUUUGGUGUUGACGAGGUGAUUGAUUCCAAGCCUGCUGGUGUGAACGACUCUUUAUACAAGGUGUCGAGCACCCUUAACCCCCAGGCUCCAGAGUUCAUCCUGGGCUGUCAGUCAGUCCAGAAGGCCCAAAAGAUGACGACUCAAGCGGGGGACACUCCUGAUGGAACCCACUUUAACUCUGUGGACGGGCCUGAAUCGGAGGCUUCGGCUCUGGACAAUCAUCAGGCUUGUCAGGACAUGGACGGGCUUCCUGGCAGCCUGGGACAACGUGAGAGGAAGAAAAAGAAAAAACGGCCGCCGGGGUACUACAACUACCUCGAGCCAUCAGCUGGCAACGACGACAGUGCUGCAGAUGAGACGCCUGUGACCGCACUUGUGAAUGGACAUGCAUUCGGUGUGACACAACACAAUGCUGAGGAUGUGGACUGUAAAACAUUAUCAGGGACUGGCCUUUCCUCACCUGGUAUUGUCUCCACAGCAACAGCUGCCGUGACAUCAGCUACUUUUGCCACCACAUCCACUACCAAUCAGAGGACUUUUGAUACCCCUGUCUCCUCCUCUUUGGACUUAACAAGCGGGGUUGCCUCUUUAUCAGACAGCACCAAUGCAACUUGCUCCUCUUCAUCCUCAUCUCAAUGCAGAGGGAUGGCAGAGGGACCAAGGACUGCAGACCAGCAGCCAGAUUGUUUGGCUUCACAGACCCCUGAACUUACAGAUAGCCCUCGUUCAAAAUCACCUCUUCCUGCCUCAGCUGCUAUGGCCAUCCCUGUUAUUACUACUGAACUGGAGGAAAGAGAGGUAGCAGACAGCAGGGUGGCCAAUGGGCUAGCAGUGUCUGAUACUCCUGUCAGUGCAGAUGGACACAAAGAACACUGUGAGAGUGGAGAGUUCACCCAGCAGGGCUCUCCAGACUCUACUGCGCAAACAGCGGUUACAGAGUCUGCCCAUACACCUGCAGUUCCGACUGCACCUGCCGCCAACCCGCCCAAAUCUUGGGCUAGUCUCUUCCACAACUCCAAGCCUCUUCCUGGCAGCCCACAGGCUUUUGUAGAGGUUAAGAAUGUUGUGGAGGUUGUUGCCCCACCCCUUCUCACGUUAGAGACACCCGAGGAGAAACCGGUUGAGGUCAGAGAAGGUCCUGUCCAUGUGUCAGAGGAUCCAAUGGCUCCCAAACUUGCAGAGCUUAUUGAGAAUGUGAAGUUGAUUCACAAACCAGUGUCUUUGCAGCCGAGAGGACUUGUCAACAAAGGCAACUGGUGCUACAUCAACGCUACUCUACAGGCGCUGAUUGCAUGUCCUCCAAUGUAUCACCUAAUGAAGGCCAUUCCUCUGCACAGUGAAACACAGAGACCUUGUACCUCCACUCCCAUGAUAGACAACUUUGUGAGGCUGGUAAAUGAGUUCACCACCAUGCAAAUGCCAACAAAACCCAAACAAGCGGUUGGGGAUAAGUCGGUGAGAGACAUUCGGUCUGGUGUUCCGUUUGAGCCAACCUACAUUUACAGACUCCUUACGCUCAUCAAGUCAAGUCUUUCAGAGAAGGUGCUAAUAAUCUGCUGUCAGGGUAGACAGGAAGAUGCAGAGGAGUAUCUUGGCUUCACUCUCAAUGGGCUGCACGAGGAGAUGCUGUCAUUGAAAAAACUAAUCUCACCUCAGGAAGAGAAAGCCUUCACACCUAAUGGUCCUGAGUCACUGCCAGGUGCAGAGGAAGAUGAUGUUGACAAGGAGGAAGAGGGGAGUGAAGAUGAGUGGGAGCAAGUUGGACCCCGUAACAAAACUUCCAUCACUCGACAAGCUGACUUUGUCCGCACGCCAAUCACUGACAUAUUUGGAGGACACAUUAGGUCGGUGGUGUACCAGCAGAACUCCAAGGAAUCAGCCACACUGCAGCCCUUCUUUACCCUGCAGCUGGACAUCCAGUCCGAAAAAAUCCGCACAGUCCAGGAGGCUCUGGAAACAUUGGUUGCCCGAGAGUCAGUCCAGGGUUACACUUCCAAAACCAAGCAGGAGAUUGAGAUCAGUCGGAGGGUGACUCUGGAGGAGCUGCCUCCUGUUCUCGUGCUGCAUCUCAAGAGAUUUGUGUUUGAAAAGACUGGAGGCUGUCAGAAACUCAACAAGAUCAUCGAUUAUCCCGUUGACCUGGAAAUUAGCAAAGACCUCUUGUCGCCUGGAGUGAAGGGCAAAGUUUUAAAGGGCCAAAGAACAUACAGGCUCUUUGCUGUGGUCUAUCACCAUGGGAACAGCGCAACAGGUGGCCACUACACCACGGAUGUCUUCCACAUCGGUCUUAACGGUUGGCUACGCAUUGAUGACCAGGCGGUGAAAGUCAUCAACCCGUAUAUGGUGGUGAAGCAGACUGCAGAGCGAACCGCUUACCUGCUGUACUACCGCCGCUUUGACCUCUUGUAGACACGCCGUUAACAGCAUACAGUAUGCACACAUGCUUCCUCAUCUUACACACACUCACACACACACACAUACACACACACAUACACAUACACACACACAGGUGGAACAUAUGAUGAACAGAAACACUGCCCAACUUUGUUCUCUUGCAAGAUUUUCCUCUUCCUUCCCUUCGGUCCCUUCUUCCUUGAGAACCAGCUUUUUUUCCAGCACCUCUUCCCUUCGUCUCUCCCAAGAGGAGACACAAGUUGCAUUCAUCGUGAAUUCCUUGCAACUGCUCGCUUUUCUCGGUGCACCACUGCUGUUAUUUUUUUCUCGUAUUGCUCAAAAAGUGGCAAAGAUGAACUUUAAGAAGUAGAGGAGGUGGAGGUCAAGGCUUGGACCUGAGAUGGACUUAAAGCUCAGUGAACCGUACAAGUGUACCAAUGGGGUAAUUUCUUUUUGCAGUGGCCCUUUUUUAAAGAAACGACCCACAAUUAUCAGUUUUUUGCCUUUUCAGUGGUAGGACUUUGGGCCACCCGAGGGAUUUUGCAUCAAUGAAAAUGGUGGCAGUAUUUAGAAUGAGUGCAUUGUCGAGGCCUAGCACCAGCAUCAUCAUCAUCAUCAUCAUCAUCACAAGCAUCUCCUCUCAGAGCCUGAAUGUCUUCAUUCCCUCCAUCUUUUCCCUUUACCUUGGUACAUACAAUUUGAGCCACCAAACACGCAGGGAAGUGCGGCGGUGACGAUAAGACCUGAACACUGUCUGGGUCUAUAGCUCUAGAAAGAGUAUCGAAAAAAAAUUUAAAAGUCUAAUGCGCUUUAGAAUUUAAGAUAAACAGCUUUCUCUGCACAACUGAUGUUUAUGAUAUAGCUGGCAAAUAUUUAGACAAAAAUGUAAAAAAGAUAACCCACAAAAAUAAAUGCUGACUGUAAGCAUGCGUGGUCCCUAAGGACUGCACUUGUUUUUAGAUUGUUUGCACUGGAGAGAUGGCAACUAAUCAAGACAGAUUCCACUGCAAGAGCUGCCCUUGUUUACUUUGUACAUUUCCUUCUCAAACUAUUCAUUGUUUCUGUCCUCGCCUUGUGUCUACGUCUGUCAGAGCCACCCAUCUGCCCUCAAACUCAAUCUGCGAGGGUUGACGUUUCACCCGAAUCAGGCUGGCAUGUCUUCCCCGUUACGUGUGUCAAAGGGUGGAAAAGUUAGACUACACCAGCGCUCAGACAUGCCCAAAUGGAGACAGUGUUUGCUUUUGUUGAAAAUAUAACUUUUGCGUAGUUCAUUGAUUGUAGUGAUUUUUGUUUGUCCAAGCUACUAAAAGAUGUUAUGUUUUGGCUUUAUUGGAUGUCCUCACGCUCAUGCUCCCCUCUGACAUUGUCCGCAUUUGAAUUGGUGUUUAGAAGGAAAUGACACAGGCUAAAGCACAACAAUGAAUAAAGAUGAACCCGUCAUUUUCUCCACAUUUAUUUCACUUUGCUAUGAAGCAGCUCCAGUUGCCACAAUGUGCCAUCUUAGCGCCAGCCAUGUACCUGAGGUGAAAACUGAAAACCUUCUCAUUUGCAUUAAGGUCUAUCUUGAUGUCAUUUUCCUUUCAAAGUUUGAAACCUUUGCCAACCUAAACCAAAGUAUGUCAUAUUGGACCCUGCUUCCUAGAGCUAACUUUAUGAUGGAUUUGUGCUGCAAGUUUGUUGUGAUUUCUCCCUAAACUCAUCUUGUUUUUCAUUUGCAUAUUUAUUCCCCUGAGAAGAAAAAGAAAGUCACCAAAUGUGGGGAUUUUGAAACAGACAAGCUUUCUGACGUGCAUUUUGUUGCGGUCUCGCUAAGACGGUGAAAAUGUGUCUUGACGAUGUGCUAACACUAUUGACUGCUGGGGCUUUCCAACAAUUCAAUCUGUAUCUUAAUUUCAAGCCUCCAGCAUUCUAUUUUGUUCAAAAUAAAGGAUUGUGCAAAGAAGCGGUUUGCUAAUGAGCUGGAGACCACAAAAAAACAAUUUUUGCUUGUGCCGUCUUAUUUGUUUCAACAAAUGUGAACCAGACGCUAACAAUGCGGUGUCUUGGCGUGACGCUCACUGCAAGCUGGUCCUCUUCUCUACUUGUCAACAUGUCGUACUUGUAGCAGGUUCUAGACUGCGGUCGGCCUGGCUGCCUCGCAGUGCUCUGGGGCCUGUGGCUCAGCUCGCCUAUGCGUAAUGGAAAGCAGACCCAUCAUUGAAAAAUCUGCUCUGUCAGCUUUUUUUUUUUUUAUAUCCUAUUUACUCCUUCCUUACAAUACCUAGGCUGUCCUAAAAUGUGGCUUUGCUCUGCUGCUGAUAGUCAAGCGUAAAUAAAUGCAUGGUUUGAUUGAUGCCAAUGUUUAUUCAUUCUGAAGUGAUGGUGUCCAGUGAAGUCGCUUAGGCACCUUUAGGAACAAUGUACAGUACAAACCUGACUAUAUUCUUGGCUGAUGUCUUGGGAGGGGAAAAACACACACUUUCUAAGCUGUUGGUGUGCUAAUGCUGUACAUGUAAUUGACAACAGAAGGCAGCACCACAACCACAUAAAAGAAAACCAGUUGAAUCCCACACAAGCUCCCUUCAGUAUCACCAUAUAUGUAUUUUUUUCUAAUUACUUUGCAUUCUUUCUUGGAAUGUAAAUCCUUCUAAACUCCCUUGUCAGCAGUCCCCAUCAUUUUCAAUAUAAUUUGUGCACAAUCAAGCGGAAUGGUCUGAAAAUAAUUCCCUCAAAAGUCAAACCUUGUGAGUUGAAACCUUAAUAAUGCAUAACAUGAGUCUUCAAGUUGUCAUGUGUUUUUGUGAUGCUGCCACAUAAGGGUACCAGUGAUUGCAAUGAAAUGUGAUGACCAUAGAAUCAUUAAUGGUACAUACGUAGGAAAGGGCAAGAGCAAUGCAUACUAUAUAAACUGUCGUAGUUCCGAAUUGGUGUGGGUCUUCUUGCACAAAUGUGGUCUGAGCGUCAAUGGUGCCCUGUGCCAGGACAUGUCACAUAAACACUUUACGGCACCAUUUAUUUGAUUCAUACCAGAAACCAUUGCAUAAGGUGACACCAAGUAAUGUUUGAUUCUUUGACCUAUAAAUCCAUAAUACAAUGUAAAUAAAGUGAUGACAUAACUUAA